AUGUCUGCCACUUCCCUUCUGUCUGCUGCGUCAAACGCCAUCUUCCCUUACAAUUCUACAAAAAAUUCAGCACCAUUUCUCUCUUUUCAUCAAUCUAAAGUUAGUUCCGCAAUCUUUUCUAGCCCUUUUAUCAAUGAUAAUAAUGCAAAAGUUGAAAGCAGCAGCAUUGUGGAUGAAGACCAGGAUUAUGCUGCGAAACGUUCACGCUUUCCACAAUCUGGUUCAGCCAUCAAAGCACCCACUGCUCCGUGGAUGAAGGGCCCUCUUCUCGUCGAACCCAAUCGAAUUAUUAAACUUACCAAGUCAAGACCCAGAAAAGAUUCCACCUUAGAUAAAAUUGAAGAACACCCUGAUAAGGCUUUGGCUGGUAAAGUGAGUGGUGGAAGAGGGAAAAAGGCCAUGAAGAAAAUCUUUCAAGGCAUUGAGAAACUCCAAGAAACCGAAAAUUUGGAGGAAACUCAGAAGGUCCCGGAAAAUGUUAAAUUCAGAUUUGCACCAGGUGACUUGUGGGGUAAUGCAGACUUGGAGAAUGUUGUAGAACUUGAGGAAGAUUCAGAGGUGGGCCCAAAAAGUUUUGAAAUUACUGAAUUAGAUAUUCCAUUUGGGGAGGUUGAAAAUGAAGGGAAAUUAAAGAAAAUGCCAUGGGAGAGAGAUGAGAAAAUGGUGAUUAGGAGGGUAAAAAAGGAGAAGCAGGUUACUACUGCCGAGUUGGUUCUUGAUGGAAUAUUGCUAAAGAGGUUGAGGGGUCAGGCUGCAAUAAUGAGAACAUGGGUGAAGGUUAAGAAAGCUGGGGUGACCCAAGCUGUCGUUGAUCAAAUUCGUCUUAUUUGGAAGAACAAUGAGCUUGCCUUAAUCAAAUUUGAUCUGCCCUUGUGCCGAAAUAUGGAGAGAGCGCGAGAGAUCACUGAGAUGAAGACUGGAGGCCUUGUUGUGUGGAAUAAGGAAGAUUUUCUUGCUGUAUAUAGAGGUUGCAACUAUCUGCGAGGCUCAAGAAAUUAUUCAAAUAUUAGUCACAAAUCAGUUAGUGAUCAAGAAAAUCUAUCCUCAAAUAUGAGUUACCAAAAUACCUGUCAUUUCUCUCGAAUAACAUCAAGUGGAAGUAGUCAAUACAAAAUAAAUGAUGGGAUAGAAGGUGAAUGGGAAAACUUACGUAUCAACGUACCACUGUAUGAAAGAGAAGCAGAUAGAUUAUUGGAUGGAUUAGGACCACGCUUUGUUGAUUGGUGGAUGCCAAAGCCUUUGCCAGUGGAUGCAGACUUGCUCCCAGAAGUUACUCCUGGAUUCAAGACACCUUUUAGGCUUUGUCCACCUCGCAUGAGAUCAAAACUGACAGAUGCUGAACUUACAUAUUUGAGGAAACUUACUCACCCUUUGCCAACUCAUUUUGUCCUUGGAAGAAAUAGGAAACUGCAAGGACUGGCGGCAGCCAUUCUGAAAUUGUGGGAGAAGUGUCAUAUUGUAAAGAUUGCUCUGAAGUGGGGAAUUCUCAACACAGACAACGAGGAAAUGGCAUAUGAACUUAAGAAUCUCACUGGGGGAGUUCUUUUAUUGCGCAAUAAGUUCUUCAUAAUUCUCUAUAGAGGCAAGGAUUUUGUUCCCUCUCAAGUUGCAACCCUAGUUGCUGAAAGAGAAAAGGAGCUCACUAGAUACCAACUUCAGGAAGAAGCUGCACGGUUAAAAGCAAGUGGUAUAUCUUCUGUCACCCAUGAGGAUAUAUUGAAGUCUAGCAGCAUUGGAACUUUAUCAGAAUUCCAUAGCAUUCUAUCAGAAUGCAGGAACCUGAAAAAGGGGAAGACUGAGGUUGAAGUUCAGCUGGAAGCAGAAUGGCAGAGAUUGGAAAAGGAACUCAAAAAUCAAGAGCGAAAGCUUUUCAUUCUUAAAAAGAAGAUAGAGAAAUCAGAUAAAACACUGGCGGCACUAAAUCAGGCUUGGAGACCUUCUGAGCAAGAUUUGGAUCAGGAAAUGAUAACACAAGAGGAGAGAGAAUGCAUGCGGGAGAUAGGAUUGAAGUUAGAUAGCAGUUUGGUGCUUGGAAGGCGUGGUGUUUUUGAUGGUGUAAUAGAAGGCAUUCGUCAACAUUGGAAGCACAGAGAAAUUGCGAAAGUAAUUACAAUGCAGAAAAAGUUCUCACAGGUCCUUUACACUGCAAAACUUCUUGAGGCUGAAAGUUACGGGAUACUGGUUUCUGUAGAAAAAAUUAAAGAGGGCCAUGCUAUAAUUAUGUAUCGUGGGAAGAACUAUAAACGUCCAAAGUUGUCACCUAGAAAUUUGUUGAAUAAAAGAGAUGCAUUAUCUAGGUCACUUGAAAUCCAGAGAAAUGGAUCAUUGAAGUUUUUUGCCAAUCAAAGAGUGAAGGAAAUUUGUGAUCUGAAACGCAUGCUGGCGGACUUGAACAGAAUCAGUGAUUGA